GGUCUUGUGUAACACUGCUGCUGCUGCUUGUUAGUUUGCUGACUGAACUUAAAGCAAGACCAAGCUCGGCCAUGCGUGUAGCGGUAAUCGGAGCUGGGGUCAUUGGUCUUUCUACAGCUCAGAGCAUUUAUGAGCAUUACCAUGACAAAGUCAGUCCCUUGAAUAUAGAUGUCUAUGCAGAUGUCUUUACUCCUUUGACCACCAGCGAUGGAGCAGCAGGACUCUGGCAGCCAUACCUCUAUGAUAAAGGCAAUGUCCAAGAAACAAAAUGGAACAAAGAAACAUUUGAUUACCUUCUGAGUUUCCUUGGCUCUCCUGAAUCUAUUGAAAUGGGCAUAUUCCUGCAGUCGGGAUACAACCUUUGCACCCGACAUGCCCCGGAGCCAUCAUUUAGAGACAUUGUGUUGGGUUUUCGGGAACUCACCCAUCGUGAGCUUGAUAUGUUUCCAGGAUACAGCUUGGGUUGGUUUAACACUUCUAUAAUGCUGGAAGGGAAGACGUAUCUGCCCUGGCUCAUGAACUGGUUGACCAAAAGAGGAGUGAAGUUUUACCACAGAAAGAUCCAUUCAUUCCAAGAGCUGGCAGAGAGUGGAGCAGACGUUAUUAUUAACUGCUCAGGUGUACGAUCAGGUGACCUCCAACCUGAUCCUGAGCUGACUCCAGGCCGAGGACAGAUCAUCAAGGUGGAUGCUCCUUGGAUAAAACACUUUAUUCUGACACACAAUUUCACAUCAGGAGUUUACAGUUCACCGUACAUCAUUCCAGGGAGUCGCCUAGUGACUGUUGGGGGAAUUUUCCAAGUGGGAAACUGGAGUGAGCAGAACAAUUCUAUUGACCACAAAUUCAUUUGGGAAAGAGCCUGUGCCCUGGAGCCCAGCUUAAAACAUGCGCGCAUAGUUGAGGACUGGACAGGUCUCAGACCUGUACGCAGUAAAGUCAGGCUGGAGAGAGAGACCAUGGGUUACAGACCCAGCAUGAUCGAGGUAAUCCAUAACUAUGGUCAUGGGGGCUACGGACUGACGAUCCAUCGUGGCUGUGCUGAAGAAGCUGCCCGUCUUUUCGGUGAAAUCUUGCAGCAGCAAGCUAAAGCAAGCCAAGCCAAAUCCCGACUCUAAUUCACCAGCUUUAUAAGAUGUAACUUGCCUGUUCUGAGUUGUUAAUCCGUAUACAGGUCUAUUAGUCACACUGCUAGUGAAAACUUUGCAAAUGAUUCACUUUGCAAUCUAAAUCAGCAUACAGAAAUAGAUUCUAAAGGUCUAAUCCUACAGAUUUUAACAUGACACUAUUUUAAUAAUAUGGCUCAGUUUAAUAUGCCAGUCUUCAGUUAGUCAUAAUAUGAAAUGCAUGACUAAAUGAGACAAAUCAAUCAAGCAGUCCAAUGAUGCAAUAAAUAUAAUUACAAACACGAAGUUCUUUCAUUUGAAAUAUAGUUUAUUGUAGAUACACAUGGAUAAAGUGUGGAGUAGGAUAUCUGCACGCACAGACACUAAAUUCAGCACUAAAUAGCUGAUGGGUUUCCAUCAUGUAUGUAUGCAAUCAUUUCAACAAGAUGAGUAAAACCGAUCAUUAAUAAAUCAUGAAUUCACUCACUGUACAGCUAAAAAAAUCAAACUAAAAACUUUAGUUACAUCUGUGAUUAACCCAAAUUCCUGUUAAAAAAUACAGUACAAUAUACUGACAAUAGAUAACAAGAAAGCUAAAGAUGAAUUUUAAUGAUGUUGAGAUGAACUGAAUGAAUUUAAAAUAAUAUUUUGUGAAAUUUGUUUUAAAAACUUUUCAUCCCAUGUAUUCCAUCAAAGAAAAGCCAAGUUUGAUGUCCAACAUUUAUGACUGUUAAUGAAUAAAAUAGAAUUUAAUGUUACUCAUAUGUAUUUGUAUGAUGUGUGUUUGGAGGCCUUAAAUUUACCCUGCCAGUUUCAAUUAUUUCAUUUAUUAUAGACAAAUAUAAAUAAAAAUUCAAACUUUCCUUACAA